CCCGCCGGUCCCGGUCCGUGCCGUGCCGUGCUGCUAGCACCGAGACAGCUCCCCUCUCAGCACAAUGGCCUGCCAAGAGAGCGAGUACCUGGAUGACCAGAAGAAAUGUGUCCCCUGCAGGAAGUGCAUGCCCGGGCAGGAGCUUUCCAAGGACUGCGGCGAUGGCAGCGGCGGGGACGCGCAGUGCGUGGCCUGCCCUCCCAGGAAGUUCAAGGACCGCUGGGGACACCACGGCUGCAAGCCCUGCCUGUCCUGUGCCCUCAUCAACCGCGUGCAGAAAUCCAACUGCACAGCCACGGCCGACGCUGUCUGCGGGGAGUGCCUGCCGGGGUUCUACAGGAAGGCGCGGAUCAGCGGGCAGCUGGAGUGGGAGUGCAUCCCCUGCACCAAGCAGACGCCGUCCUCCGAGCCACAGUGUCGCUCCAGAACAAACCUGGUGAAGGUCGCUGUCCCUACUGUACCACCACAGGACACAGCCCUUCUUGCACUGACCAGCAGUGCCCUGGUCAUCAUCGUCCUGGUGCUUCUGGCACUUUCCAUCAUCUACUGCAAGCGAUUCUGGAAAAGCCAGUGCCAGAGAGUCUUCCUGAGGACUCAGAACUUCUCAGGCCAGCGAGCAACGUUCCCAACUGCAGCAGCUCCUGGCAGGUUCCUCUGUGAGGAGCAGAUGUCUGGACCCUGCUGCCUGGGUGUGAAGAAUUUGAGCCCUUGCUACAGGCAGGCAGAAGGCCCUGUGGAAGCAGUGCAGUUCAUUUCUGAUGGGGAAGCCGUGGGUCUCCAGCUCCCCUCUCUCCAGCCAGAGAUGGACUUGCCACCAGCCAUCGCAGCCAGCACUGCCUCCAAGGCCCAGCUGGGCAGGAGCCUGCUGGAAAGCCAGCCCCUGAUCCGGGCCUCGGGCCAUGGGGACUGCCUGGAGGGGGUCCUGCCGCCCCCCGCCCCCAGGCAGGGCACGGUGGAGGCCCUGGCCCCCCUCUCCUCCUGCGCCUCCGAGAUGCAGCACAAGUGGCCCCACGCGCCCGUGGAGUGCACUGAGCUGGACCUGCAGAAGUUCUCCAGCCAGGCGGAGUUUGUGGGUGCUGAGCGGCUGGAGGACACUGCCGGCCGGGCUGGGAGGAGGAUUCCAGCAGAGAGCAGUGCUGGGGUGCAGGAGAGGGCUCAUCACCUGCCCACAGCUGAAACCCCACCUGGGGAGCAGCCGGUGGAUGAUGCCCAGAGCCUGGUGACUCAGAUCAGCAGCACGGCCAGUGGUCUCCCCAUAGCAGAGCUGCCCCAUUCCUUGGUGCAGUCUCUGGCCUUCCUGUUGGACCCUUCCUUGAACGGAGUGAAGAACUUCAGCCACGUGGCUCUGGAGCUGGGGCUGAUGCCGCAGCUGCUGGGGCGGAUCUCGGGCUUUGAGCAGCUGGUGGCACACUUCACCUCUGCAGGAGCCGUGGUCACCGUCCCUCUGCUGGCGCGGGCGCUGCAGCGGCUCCAGCGCGUCGACGCCCUGCUGCUGCUCUGCGACCACUUCACGCUGAGCCCCGCGCCCGACCGCCAGCGCUAGGGGACACCCGGGGACACAGGGACUCCAGGCACUGCUGGAACUGUGGCCUGCAGGCACAGAGCCUCCCCGGGCAGGAGGACACAGAGAUGGUUUUUGCGUCGUGGAAUGGACAUGAUGGGCGUCUCUGCACAGGGGUUCGGGAAGCACAGCUGUGCCUUUUCCUUGCUCAGGCCCCUCCAGAGGCUGUUUUUGCUCUAGUUGUGGCACCCUUCCCUGUUGGUUACUGUGGUGCUCUGGCUCUGCAGUGAGCCCUGUCCUGCCCCACUGUUGCCAUGGGGUUCCUCAGCCAUGGGGCUCACUGUCCAUGGGUGACGCCCUCCUAUGAGCCCAGCCAUCUC